GCUGGACUUCAGAAAAAACACAGCUCUUGUAUUUGGUCCAUUGCUGCAAGUAGACACUUCAGUGGAAAGCAGUCAGCACCUAUUUAAAAGGGAAAUAAGCAUAUUCUGCAUGGUAGAGCUGGCUGCUUCAACUUUCAGCAAAUGAAAGACUGUUUCCACUUCCCCAGGAUUUCAUAACCUCAGCUACAGUAUGGACAAGGUAACGAUUACUGCUGCCAAAGGACUAGUCCUAUUACUACUACUGGCCACUGGCCACGCCAUAUCUUGCCCUCCGUGCUCCUGCGAGCCACUUGAAGAAUUGUGGGGUUGGGCAGUAAACUGCAGUUCUAUGGGACUGAAGGAAGUUCCUCCCCUGUUUCCUAACAUCAGAAUUCUUCAGAUGCAAAACAACAGCUUGACUACGGUCCUUCCUGGUGCAUUGGAUGGCCUAACCAAUGUGAAGGAGAUGGAUUUCUCUAACAACCCGUGGCACUGUGACUGCUCUAUUUUAUAUCUCAAGAGGUGGAUGGAAGACAUCAGCCAAGCAUCCUUGGACAAGGUGAUAUGUGCAACUCCAGCUGCCCUAAAGACGAGAUCACUGAGCCAGAUCCAUGGGAGUGAACUGGAUGGAUGCAGAAAGCCUCUCCGCAUCAAAUGCCUUGAUUUCAUGCUCAGGGACCUUUUUCUGAUUUGUGCAGCAAUCAUUACCUUAAUUUUUGCAUUAUGCAUUCUGCAAUACUCAAAAAGGUUAGCCUCCCAAGCUGCCAGAAGGCCACAUUCCUCUGAAAUUCCACUGCUGCAGGUUCAUGACCUGGAAAAUCGGAAGUCAAAAUGAGAUACUGCAGUGACUUAAAGUUUGAUCCAAUGCACGUUGAGAUGGAAAGGGGGUGUGCUGAGGCAUGCUGGGAAUCAUCAACCCAGUUUCUGCCUAAAUAGACAUAGGUUUGUGACUUUAAGGAUGUGGCUCUUCUCUGUUUCUCAGAAAAGUAAUACAUACUUACUGUCACUGGCAUAAAGCCAAUGACAGUUGAGUCCUGUUGAUUGCAAAGAUUGUUUGGUAGUCAAUUAAUCAGGUAUGUGUUAAUAUUACAGCAUGGGGUAAUAGAAAUGCGCUUGCAUACACCACAGCUUCUGCCGCUGUGACACUCAGCCAUAUAAACAUUUGCAACAAGACUCAAAAAUACCCGUGCUAUGCGAACUUUGAUGGAAGACUCAGUCUCAAAACAGCAUUGUUAUGUUAAGGCAGGAGUCCUCAAACUUUUUCACCAGGGGGCCAGUGGAAGGAUGCUGGUGCUGGGCGCAGGCCGGAAAGGUGGUGCCGGCGGGGCGCGUGGGCGCUAAGGCGGGGGCGGGCUGUGUGGGCGCGCGCAGAAAGGGGAGGUGAGGCAAGGCGGGGACGGGCAUGUGCCCUGAUGCAGAGGUGGGCGCGCGAUGCAGCAGCUCGCUCGCUUGGAGAUCGUUUUCUCCUAGCGAGUCCAAACAACCUCCUCACGAGCAAGCCUCUGCCUCCCCACGUGGGGGGUGAGGUGGGCAGCAGUGGGUGCACAUGGUGCGCGGACUCGCACGCGGCAUGUUGAAAACCUCUGAGGUGGGCUGGAUAAAUGGCCAUGGCGGGCCAGAUCCGGCCCCUGGGCCGUAGUUUGAGGACCCGUGUGUUAAGGGCUGGAUCAAGUCUCUGUCUCACAAAAGGAAGGAGCUUCAACAAGAUUUCCCUAUCAAAUACCUGGGAUCUCUCUUCUGCGCCCCCCCCCCACUAGUCAGCCUAUGCAGUGGGCUAUCUUGUCUCUCUGUGUAGCAAAGAUAGACUCUCAGGGGACGGGAGGGGGAUGCAUUGGGAAGGGGGGGCAGGGAGUCCACUUUCACCAGUCUAAAUUUCUAUCUGAUUUGGAACAAUUCAAGAGCAAAUUAAAGUGGAUACAAGGCCCAAGAAUUUAGAAGUUUAAAUUCACACACUCUUGCCUAAAAAUGAUCAGGACUUGAGGGUUCACAUGUGUUCACGAGUAACUCUAUUGUUUAACUUCUGUGCUAUAACAAACUGUUUUAUGAUCCAAUCAAAACUCUGAUCUAACAAUAAGUGAAUAUCUGAGAUAGGAUAUAUGUACUCAUUCUGUAGCAUUAUAAAAAGUAUUUUAUAGCUUUACUAAUAUAUUUAGAAUAGGGAAUAUACAGUUCAUAUUUACUAUGGGAAAUGUUUGACUUUUAACACUGGGCACUUCAGCAAAGGGAUGACUGAAUUUCAUGGCUGAAUUUCAUAGUCCUUUGCAUAUUGUUGAUAUAUACAAUAGUGAUUUUUCUCACUAUAGUAUUGGCUAUGAAUUGUAGAGUUGCAACUUUGCUUCAAGCCACCAUACUGACUUCAUUAGGAUUCACUAGGAUGCUUUUGGUUAUUUAGCAGGAUAUAAAUCAUUAACCGCUGUGCAAAGGGUGUAUUGAUUUAAAUAAGAUAUGCAGAUUGCU